ACAAACAAUUUAAAGCAAUAACUCACACUUAUAACUUACUCACUUACAUACAAAAAAUUCGUAUACAUAAACACCUUGCUAUUAAAAAUGGCUCCGGUAAAGGAGAAACAAUCGCGGAAAGAUCGGAUACUUCAGUUCCUCCAGGAACAUCGUGAGUUGACGCCCACUGGGUUGACUUCGCCAAGGAAGGAGGAUGACUCCAGGCAAAAGAAACGUGUCACAUUCACCCAGACGAAGAAACAGAGAUCCUCUGGCGGCAAAUCAUUACCUAAGGUCAAGGAAACGGAAAUUCAGAUUGGACUGGGUCUUACUUCAUGCCUGAUCACCAAGUCCUCGGAUACAAGAAUAUGCGGCGGCGCCAACAAUCCUGGGGAGCGCGAUGUUGGAAAACUUCCACGAACAGACAGCGAAUGUCGGUUCAAGUCCCCAGGAAUGAACUUUCUCAAGGAACGAAAUGAAAACUGUGCUUCCCAAGUUCUCAAGUUAGUUCCUCCAAAACCGAUUCGCAAGGAGCUGAAGAACAAAUGCGACUUCUUUCCAAAGUUCUACGACAACAGUCCUUUCAAGGAUCAGACCACACAAACGCUAUAUAGGGAGUCGUCUGCACAGACCUUGGCCUAUUUGCCGGAGAUAGAAAAGUCUGAGAAGAGUCAAAAACUUGAGCUUUUUUCCCUGUCCCAGUUGCUGCCGGGAGACAAGCCUCCAGGCCUUCACGAGGUGGAGAUCCUGGAGCGAUCGCGCCGUCGGUGGCUCUUCCGAGAUUCUCUGAAACAAAACUUUCAAAAACUCUUCAACGAGGCCAGGGAGUUGGAGAUUAAAACCAAGUACAAACCAAUCCUACAGGCCUUCGAAUGGGAGCAGUGGAUCGAGCGAGAGGAGUAUAUUCAGGAGUGCCAGAUGAUGCGGCUGGAGAUCGUGAUCAAAAUGUUUGACAAGCGGGAGAAGGAGAUGCACGCCUCGUCCAAUGUCCGUAUUGAGCAGGCCUGUGAGCGUAUAGAGAAGCGCCGUCAGGCGGGACUGCACAAGAACGAGAUCGAGUACCAGCGCGGGAUGAGGCGCAUAACCAUGCAACUGGCCAAGACCUCCCGAAAGUGGGAGAAGCAGGACACUCUAACCGCCCUGGGAUCUCCCUGCUCUGAGUUCUACGGACCUAUGAUACGGCAUGGGGUGGACCCGGCUCGCCGAAAUUUCGCCCCCACCACCGGACACAAGGCGUUCGACAUGAGGAUCGACGAUCUAGAGAAGAAGGUCAACAUGAAAAAUAUACAGUGUCCCUUCAGCAAGCUUAAGGAGUGGUCGAAGCCCAAGGAAUACGCCAGGGAGUAUGAAAAGAACUUCUGCAACGACGACCAUCUCCAAAAGCUUUACGAGUCCUUGAAGACCCUGAGAACCCAACAAGACUUGGUUAAGGAUGCGCCCCAGUGCCUCAAGACCCGAAUCCAUAGAGAUGCCGUAGAAUUCGACAGUAGUGAUGAUUCAUAUCCAAGCUUCAGUUUGCCUCCAAGCCAAUGGGACAGCAGAAAGUCCAGACAUACCCCGACACAGAUACAGAAGAAGAUACGAAGAGAGCCCGAGCCACCAAAGAAGCCCGAUGGAAAGUUUGGGAAUAUGAACCUGGAGGAGUUCGAAAACGUCAUCAAAACAUACGAAGGCAAUUACAUCGGUUGGAUUAUGCAGUUCCUGGAUGAUGAAAUGGACCGACUCAAGGAGCAGCGUAAGCUCCACCUCUUCUCCAUUGUGGCUCAGAAGGAACGCUGGCGCCGCGAAGCCCAGGAGGCUGGCGUCCGGCAGAAGGAGAACGACUUACGAAUGCUGUACGAGGAAUUGUUUCAGAAGUGCAACUGCAUCCACCAGGAGCUCUCUAAAGGGUACAUCGAAAACAUUUUGACGACGGAUGUGAAUAACAUCGUGGGGAACUUAGCUGAGCAGAAAAUUUCUGAAGAAGGCCGGAAAAUAGACGAAGAGUUGAACCGCUGGCUGGAGAGCUUCAAGCUUGUCCAAAAUCCGCUUACUUACGUUCCUUUGAGACUUAUGCUCCGCGACAUGGUAUCCCCGAACGUGGAUGCCACCCUCCAACACCAUGAAAAGAUUCUGAUCUCCCAGUAUAUAGUAGAGGACGUGAUUUUUAACAGAGUGUGGAAGGUGGUGGAGCCCUUCGACAUAGCCACCACCUUAAGCCGCGACCUCAUCGAUCGCCUCAUCGACAACGACCUUUACCUCUUCUCUACGGACAGCGAGAGCGAUACCGACCACAAGCCGUCUUGGUACGAGGCCCAUGCCAUUAUUCGGAAGGUGAUACGCCAGUCGGUACCCGGAAAGCGCUGGAAAGAAGAAAAUGAGCGGAUUAUUUACAGUAUAUACGACGAUAUGUUGGACAACAUCAUCGGUGAAUUGAUUCUAGAACAGGAGCCCGUCGCUGGGGUUCCCUGUGUCCAGAAUGACACAGUUGAGUCAAAGGUUGAAGAAAAGUUGCCUAUUAAACUUCCUCGAGAUCCCACCGGACCACUAAGAAAAAGCGUCGCGGGAUUUGAUCUCUUGGUUGGUCAUACUAAGGACACCUAUGAUAAAACCGAGCUUGAUAUUGUGGAUAGUGACCAGUUUUACGUUGAUAAACAUCUAUUAAGUGUUGUUGAUCUGAGAAAAGAGGGAAUAUCUGAAGAAAUGAGUUCGGGGUGUCAAAUUAAUUAACAAACAAAGGACAAAGUUGUCGCUUGGUAAAUCGUUAAAGGGUUUUGAAUUUUGCUAGCAAUAGUAUGUCUUGUAAUAAUGUCUUGUAUAAUAUGAAGCAAAAAAAAAUAAAACUA